AGGCGCGUUGGUUAAAAAGCGCGGUGGAGAGUUUUUAACCAGCAGCGCUUCCUCUCGUCUCUGUGUGUUUCCUGUUGGACGCGAGACAGGACUUAGGAGGGAGAGACAAAGAGGACCAGAGCGGCAACCGGCCUCAUACAUCCACGACUCUGCUGCACGUUGUCAGACACAUCUGCACCGGAGACAGAUUGUUGCAGCGCUUCGACCACCAGCGGUUUGAUUCUGCAGGAAAGACAGCGCGUUUGGAAGCUCGCAACAAUGAAGAUUCUCCUGCCUCUGGUAAUCCUUCAGCUGCUCUUGGCUCCGGCGCUCAUGGUGCCCAGUAUGGAUUACUGGGACUCGUGGGCUCCUUAUGGAGAAUGCAGUCGCAGCUGUGGCAGCGGAGUGACCAUGAGAACCAGACGUUGUAUCACUCACAGGACUGAUGGAGGACACAACUGUGUUGGGCCAGAGAAGUCCUAUAGCUCCUGCAGCAUCCAGGACUGUCCAGAGGGAUCCAAGGAUUUCCGUGAAGAGCAGUGCUCUCAGUUUGAUGGCAUAGACUUCCAGGGCAAACGCUACAAGUGGCUGCCAUAUUAUGGAGCUGAGAACCCCUGUGAGCUGAACUGUAUGCCAAGAGGAGAGAACUUUUACUAUCGCCACCGCAGCGCUGUGGUCGAUGGUACACCGUGUCACCCAGGACGGAGGGACGUUUGUGUGGGCGGAGUCUGCAAGCGUCUGGGCUGUGACAACAUGUUGGAGUCUUCUCAGCAGGAAGACACCUGCCUGCAGUGUGGGGGCAGCGGACAGUCCUGCUACAGCGUCAAGAACAGCUUUUCUGUACGAGACCUGCCAACUGGCUACAACCAGAUGUUCGUCAUCCCUGUUGGAGCCACCACCAUCAGCAUCAGAGAAACAGUGGCCACGCGCAACUACAUCGCUAUCAAGAACCUGCGUGGGGAGUACUACCUCAAUGGCCACUGGGUAAUUGAGUUUUCUAGGGCAACACCGAUUGCUGGCACCAUGUUGUACUACCAACGUGGUGCAGAGGGCGACAAUGUGCCUGAAACCAUCAUCGGCCGCGGUCCCACCACUGAACCUCUUGUUGUUGAGCUGAUCAGCCAGGAGCCAAACCAAGGGGUGGAGUAUGAAUUUUACCUUCCUAAUGGACGCUCCAGACAAGGCUACUACUGGAGUUUUGGAUCCUGGUCGACCUGCAGCAGAGAGUGUGCAUCAGGCUACCAGUCUCGGUCGGUCUUCUGCACCAUCGAUAAUGAAUCCUAUUCUGACCAUCUCUGUGCAUCUCUGCCAAGGCCACAGUCCAACCGCACAUGUAACCCCCACCCAUGCCCAGAGGUCCACAGCUGGAAAACCGGCGAGUGGAAUCCCUGCUCUGUUACCUGUGGUGGAGGCUCUCAGGUGCGCAGCGUGCAGUGCAUCUCCCACGAUGCGUCAGGGCCCCGUGUGGUAGAGGACGCCGUUUGUGCUGCCUACACCGAGGCCCCUCCAUCUCUGCAGACCUGCAACAUGCACAGAUGUGCCGAGUAUCGUGUGACCAACUGGAGUGCGUGCUCUGUGACCUGCGGUUCAGGUGAACAGACCAGAGAAGUAACCUGUGUGGGUUCAGGUGGGAUGAUGCUGGAGGAAGCGUCCUGCAGGAAAUUGCUCCGUCCUCUUACUGUCCAGCCCUGUGAGAUGGCCGCCUGUCCCAGACAGAUCAGCUGGCACGUUGGCGAGUGGGGACUGUGUUCUAAGAGCUGUGGCUCAGGUUCUCGAGAGCGCCAGGUGAUCUGCUCAGACCCAGAGAGGAACCUGUAUCCUGUGGACCAGUGUGACGCCCACCCUAAACCCUCCACAGUGGGGCGCUGCAACCCACAGGCCUGCUUCAGACCACAGGUUGUCCCCAGCAUCCAGGACCCACGCGGUCAUGACAACACUCAGACUGUGUUCCAGCCGUAUGUGCCAGAUCACGCGUCAGUCCGCAGACCAGAGACGGACCAGACCCAGACCAACACGGUCCACGACCCCCAUAGCUCUGCCCCUGCUCUCCACUGCAGCCAGUCUUAUUAUGGUUGCUGUCCAGACGGACACACUUCAGCCGGAGGUCCCGAGAGUCUGGGCUGCCCACUGGCCCCAGCUCCCAUUCCGACCCAGCCAGCCUGCAUCCAGACCAGUUAUGGCUGCUGCCAAGACGGUGUGACGGCUGCUCAGGGCCUCAACAAGGAGGGAUGUGAAGAGUUUGUGGCUCUCGCACCAACUGUUGCUCCUUCUCUCCCCACUGAGAAUGCAGUUCAGUGCAGAACCACCACCUACGGUUGCUGCUACGACCGCACCUCGAUUGCAGCAGGACCCAACGGAGAAGGCUGCCCUGACCCACCGAACCACAUUGAGCGCUCCAUCUGCUCCCUGCCUCGUGCUGCCGGCUCCUGCAGCCAGUGGAUAUCACGCUACCACUACAACGUCAUCACCUCCAAGUGUGUUCACUUCUGGUAUGGAAGUUGCCACGGCAACAGCAACAACUUCAUGACCCGGGCCGAGUGUCACAGGGCGUGUGAGGUGCCUGCAGUGAGCCAUCAGGGCCCGAGGCCUGUAGAUCCUGCUGGAGAGCCAACACCUAGAAGAGAAUCUACCCCGAGAGGAGGAUCCACAUCCGGAGGGUCACACAACAUGGGGGGGGUUUUCACAGUCCAGGGAGGUCAGACCAGAGGCAACAGCAGACAGGCCACAAGUGCUGCCACCAAUGCACACAGAGCUAGAAUCUAUCUUCGGGGACGCCGGCCUUCAUCCGUCACCGCUGCUCAGCACAGCAGCCCAGCUGCGAGUCUGACUCUGGGAGAAGUGACCAUUGAUAAGUCGGACCCGUCCACAGUGGAGGCGUUGGUGGGUCAGACUGUGGUGCUGCCGUGCAGAGUCAGUCCACCACCGUCCUCCACUGUCAUCGUGGAGUGGAGACGAGAUGGAGUUCCUCUGUCCACUCACAGGCAUCACCAGCAGCCCAAUGGCUCACUUUUGGUCGGUCCACUCACGAAGCUGGACUCUGGUUGGUUUCUGUGCGUGGCCACGCGGGAACGUGAGCGAGACCAUCGCUACAUUUACCUUUCUGUCACAGAGGGAUCGUCUCCACUGAUUCCCACUUCACUCCCCAGAGACGGUCCUUUCCCUCGGUUCAGCAUCGACCGCUCGAGUCCGUCUUCGCUGGAAGUGCGAGGAGGACAGACGGCGAGGAUUCCCUGUGUCAUUGUCCCUCCCUCUGCUCUGCAGUCAGUCAGCAUUCAGUGGACAAAAGAUGGACAGACUCUCACUCACUCCAGGUUUACCCAGAAUCCCGAUGGUACCCUGGUGGUUAGCGGCCUGAAGUCUGAGGACUCAGGUGUUUACACGUGUACGGCCUCCAGUCUGCAGCAGCUGGAGCAGAGGCAGCUGCAACUCAAAGUCCAAGCCGACCUGAAGAUCACGACGGCUCCUAAUAACGUCCAGGUUGGUGAAGGCAGCACAGCUCUGCUGCCCUGUGUGGUGUCAGGAGACAACAUUAACAUCGGCUGGUCCAGAAAUGGCGUCCUGGUGCGCCCGGACGGUCGCGAUGUUGUGCUGUCACCUGACGGCAGUCUGAUCCUGAACAAUGUGAAGCCGUCAGACGAGGGCACGUACACGUGUAACGCUUACACCGGCAUCUACUCGGUCAGCGCCACGGCUGAAGUGAAGGUCAUUAAAGACACGCAGCAAGGUGAGGAUGUGUCGCCUGACUGCGUGGACCAGCCCGAUCUCGCCAACUGUGAGCUGAUAGUUUACGCCCGACUCUGCUCCAACACGUACUACUCCAGCUUCUGCUGUGCCAGCUGCACCAGACAUUCCCGGAAAAGGAAGAGUAACAGGUUUGAGCGGCUGGGCUAAAGGCCUAAAUGCCGCAGAGUGUUACACACAAAAAAAAACACAAAACCAAAAAACUCUGGACUUUCAACUCUGAACUGCUGCCUUUGCCAAAAGCACUAAGAACACAGGAAAUGGACUACUGGUGUAGUAUAAUAUGUGAAGUAUCGUGCCUUUAAAUGUCAGUACUGAGGCAGCGUUUUUCUGUCUCACCGUUUAAAAUUAACUUAUUGCUCUCUGACCUACUGUAGGUUCUCUGUUUUUAAGAGAAUCGAAGGGCUUUUAUUCUGAAAGGAUUCCUCUGCUUGUCGCUGAUUCUGUGACGUACAACGAGCUCUGAGCAGAUUGUGC